AUGCAAACAUACGCUCCGAUUGUGUUCACGUCGAAAAAUCAAGUUUACUGUAGGUUUUAUGAUGGAACGGGAAAAAGACGAGACUGGUGGAAAAAGGAAUGGAUUGAACAGUAUAAUGAGAAAGCAAACUGUUAUGUAAAGCAGUAUGAAAAAUUGAAAAUCCCGAAAUUUAAUGUGACUUUGAGUGGAAAACUCACACUCCCAGAGAACCUAAGUGACAACGAGGGAGUGAAAGCUGCAUACAGGGUAAAUAUAUAUCUCCUCUUGAUCAACUUUGCACUGGACGGCUUAAACUGUUUGCAAAUUUUUUUUCUUCCUUCUAUCAUAUGGCUUUGA